AUGGCACCAAUGGCACUGGCCCUCAUCCUGAGUUGGUGCCUGAUGGCAGCAAGGAGGGCACAGCAAGUGCCCCGACCCUCCCUGUGGCUGCACCCCAGUCAGGGGGUGUCCGUGGGGGACAAUGUCACCCUGCGCUGCCACCUGCCCUGGCUAUCUGCAUGGGUGUGGCUGCACCAGGUUGAAGGUCAGACACACAGCAAAUACAAGGACAACAAUGUGGUCGAGUUCUCCUUCAUUAGCACAAGUUGGGAACAUGCGGGGACAUAUCAGUGUCAGUACCGGGAGCCUGAGUCAAAGGAGAAAUGGGAAAAGAGUGAUCCUGUGGAGCUGGUAGUGACAGAUCACAGCUUCCCACCACCCUGCAUCUCCCUUCACACCAAGGAACGUGUGGGGACAGGGACCAAUGUCACCAUCCGCUGCUGGAACAGGGACUAUGGGGCCUCCUUCCUCCUGCACAAGGAUGGGUGUUCAGCCCCUGUCCAGCACCAGAACCCUGAUGGGGGCACAGCCACCUUCAUCCUCUUUGGGGUGACCCCAUCUGACAGUGGCACCUAUAGGUGCUCCUACCACCCCUGGUGUUACCCCUUUGUGUCCUCACCUCUUGGGGACAGCAUGACACUGGAGGUGACACCCACACCUGCACCUCCAGGUGGGUCUCAUACUUCCCAUGGGAACCUGGUGGUGUUGGUGGCUGGGGGCUGCACUGCUGCCUUUGUCUUCAUCCUCAUCCUUGUCAUCUUCUUCCUCCUCGCUGCCCGCAGACGUCGGAUACGGAGAGAUGAGAGCCCUGGCGCCCCCACAAAAAAUCCUGAGGCCAUAGAGUUCCAGGUAAGUCUUUGGGUCAGGGAAUCCCAAAUCCCAACCUGACCCUUGCAACCCCCGCAGUCCCAUAGAGAGCCCCAAACCUUGCCCAUGGGGACCCAGGGGACGGCCAGCCUCAUACGGUUUGCCCUUACAUUAAGCACAUCCCCCAAACCCAGCCCAUGGGGAACUCUAAAUCUGCAUUGUGGAUCCCCUGAUCGCCCUGGC